CCAUUUCAAGUAUGUAACAUUCUUCUUAAGUCUGUCUCGUUAAUUUGAACACUCUCAUUUUUGUAACGAUUCGUUUUUGAAAAUGACAACAAUUAAAGUGUUCUUUUUGUUAUGGAUGUCUCUGUGUGUAAAUUGCCAAAGGGUCAGCUAUAGGACACAAAAGAAAUGCACUGAUGCCGGUAACAGAUUUGAUAAUAGCAAGAUCCUACAUGAUUCGCAAAUAGGCAGGUACAUGUAUCGCAGAUAUCAGUGUCGGACAGAUUAUGUCAGUAAUAUUCCAGACUUGGGGGAUAUUGUGUUUAAGUGUAUGUUCAUUGACGCGUUAGCAUCAUAUGAAUGGAAAGCCACGUCAGCUUGGUUUAUUGAAGGCGGUAGUUUAUAUCUACAAAAUGUGACAUGCGAACCAAAGAAAAAAUGUUCAGCUCCACCAUUGCCAAAGGACAUGACCAGAGAAGUAACGACUAGGUACCUAAUCCCUGUCACGAUCAAUAAUGCUAAGAAAGCCAUACACGAUUUCUACACUGGUGAUACAGUAAAGUACAGCUGUAAACCGGGUUAUAUAUUAUCGAAUGAAUUGGAUACAUUAUUACUUUCUGAUGAUAACUACUAUGACUAUAACGAAUCAUCGUCACCAUCAACAACAACAAUUGCAGAACCCGCCCCAAUUUUAAAGGAUAUUACUUGCAAUGUGGAUGGAUUCUGGAAUGGUUUUCCCGAUUCUGAAUUGUUCUUUGGUGAAUGUCAAGCAAUAGAAUGUGAUGCAACCCCUUAUGCUGAUAUAAGUAAUGGAACUAUUACAAACUACAAGGCAACUUACGAAUUCCUUGAAAAGAUGAUAUUGGAAUGCGAUGACGGAUAUCGGCAAAACCGCGGUGUUAAAUCUGUUCUUUGCAUGACACCAUCAAGUUUCAGUAAAUUCUUUUUGAGUGAUUUUGGCUGCAAACGGAUCCGUUGUAUUAAACCGGAGAGCCCGAGUAAUGGCUUUCUUAGAAUAGAUCAUAAUUAUGUAAAUGGAACAGUUAUUUACGGAUGCGAAUCUGGUUACGACAUGAUAGGAUAUUCGGAGUGGAGAUGUCAAUCAAACGGAAAAUGGGACCACGAUUGUGUCAAAUGUGCGAGUGAAGAUCCAUACUGUUCUCCGCCAUGUUUGCCACAUGGAGCUAUGAUUAAACAUUCUUCAGGGAGUUAUCAGAUGGGUGACGUGAUACAUGUAACAUGUAAAUCUGGCAAAUAUUACGGAGGCUCCACUAAUCGGACCUGCAUGAACAAUAGGUACUGGAGUGGUACCCCUAUAGAUUGCACGGGGGCGUCUUUGUUUGAUUCUAGCGCUGGGAUAGAGUUAAUAUCAGCUAUGAAACAGAUGUCAGAGACUAAGAAGGAAAACUCGACUAAAACAGAUACAAUAAUGUCAAAGACUAUAAAGUGGAACAGUGGAGGUUUAGACGUUUACCUGCUUGUCGAUGUAUCUAAAAGUAUUACACCGCAAAUGUUUAACACAACAUUAAGUUUUCUAUUUGCUUUACUCCCAGAGCUUGGUAUAAAUGAUGGUGAUACUGGUACAAGACUAGCGCUGACAUUCUUUGGCACCAAACCGUGUAGGAUGUUUGACCAACAUUCAACAAAUUUCGAAGAGGUAUUAAGUCAUACGAAGAAGCAGCAGAAGAAAUUGGAAGUUAUAUGA